AUGUCGAGCUCUCAGUCUGUCCUCCUCGUACACCCACUCUCCUACUCAAACGCCCUCCUCCACAUCCCGCCCACGUCCUUCCUCGUCCUCGCGAUCACCGCUUGUUUCCUCUACAUAUGCGGUACCUGCGUAUACAACCUCUUUCUCUCGCCGCUCGCCGCGAUCCCCGGUCCCUGGUACGCUGCCGUCUCGGACUUCUGGCUCACUACGCACGUCGCUCGGCUGCAGCAAUGCAUGACGAUCCAAGCGCUUUUUGAGCGAUAUGGGCCCGUUGUACGCGUCGGACCCAACAAGGUCGUCUUUUGCGACUUGACGACGAUGCGGAGCGUUUACUGCGUUCACAAGUUUGACAAGAGCCCAUUCUACAAAGCUCUCCUUACGAACAAUAAUGACCAUGCUAUGACGACCCUUCCUCAUGCCGAGCACGCAGCACGCCGCAAGGCUUAUGCGCCGCACUACAACCUACCACACCUCACCCAGUUCCAGCCUGACGUCAACGAUUCUGUCAUCAAGGUCCUGAACAUCCUCGAGAACCAGCAGGGGAAGACGUCCGUCUCUUGUCCCGAGCUAUUCCGCCACCUUAUGGUCGAUGUCAUCUCUACGACUGUCUUCGGCUCUCGCUCUGGAGCGCUUGAUAACUACGCCAUGGGUAUUCGCGAUGUCCUCUCCCAAGCCAUUUGCGACUUCCCGACUAGGGGCAUUGUGCGGAGUUUCAUCCCGACUUCGGUUUGGAGUAUCGUAUGCCGGCUCCCCAGCGAAACAUGGCGCCGCAUAUGCAAUUCAGACAACACCAUGGCUGAGUUCGUACGCGGUCACAUCGAGGACACUUCGGCAAGGAUGCAAGCUGCCCCUAUCGACCACGAGAAGGGAGACAGGAUCCCUUUGGUCCAACGCAUGCUGCAGAACAGGGUUAACAGCGCGCAUGAUAGUCUUUCGGUGCAGAACAUUGUUUCCGAGUGCAUGGGUCAUCUUGUGGCGGGAGUGGACACAACAACUACGUUGCUCUCUUACCUGUUCUGGGAACUCAGCCGUCGCAAAGACAUCAUGAAGCACCUCCAAGCCGAGCUCGAGGAACACAUGGCUGAUCGUCAUGUCGUGCCUGACUUUGCGACGCUGUGCAAAAUGCCCUAUCUGAAUGCAUUCAUCAAGGAAGGUAUGAGGGUGUACGGACCCGCUCCUUCGUUGCUGGAGCGCGUCGUUCCUUCUACUACUGCUUCCAAGAUCGACGACGGGUUCGAUAUGAUGGGCUAUGCUCUGCCUCCUGGUACCGUCGUCGGAACGCAGGCGUGGAGUAUGCACCGCGAUUCGGAGGUGUUCCCAAGCCCUGAGACCUUCCUUCCUGAACGCUGGCUUUCUGUAGAGGGCACGGCUGGUGAAGACGAGAGAUUGAACAGGAUGUCGCAGCACCUCAUGCCCUUCGGUGUCGGAAGCCGCGUUUGCGGGGGUCAAAAUCUCGCACAUAUUGUCUUGCGUGUUGCCGUUGCAGCGAUCGCUUGCAAUUUCGAUAUCUCCGCCAACAGCAGUGAGACGAACGAACAUACCAUGCAGAUCAAGGAUGCAUUUGUAAUCCACCCUGCAACAAAAGAAUGCAAGCUGACCUUCGCGCUCCGCAAAUGCUAGGAAUGAGAACGGCUCGGGAUUGACGUUACUUCUCGCUUGGAUUCACGUCAGAUGGCUGUAUGUUAUGACUGCUCUAAUCUCUCACUCCUUCGCGCACCCAUCGUACCC